GUGAUUUUGUACAAGGGAUGGGGGUCUUCCAGUGCAUCCUGGGGUUGGUAGUGGGAGAGUGGGGAGGUAGAGGUAGUGAUUCUGAUUUUUAUAACACACACACUCCUAGUUGAGAAUUAACUGUCUUAGAUAGGCUAGUAUUGUAACCUUUAACUUUAUCUCAGUACCGUGGGGAAAAAAAUACCUGAUGGGAGACCCUGGUUUCAACCAGUUAGCAUGUCUUCUCUCCAUUUUCUGCUGUCUGGUUGCAUAUGAGCAUGUAUGUACCAGGUAAGCACUGGUAAGUGGGCAAGACAAACAGCUGGUUCUAGCAAGUUGUUCCUCCCAUUACAGGAGAAGGCCCGGGUGUGAAGGUGGAGGAAGGAUUGGACACGUUGCCGGGGAAAGUGAGCAAUCCAUUUAACCAAAGCAGAGAUGUCGGCUUAUUUAUAGGAAUUACUUGAAGCCACAGUCAUGGUGGAUGUAGGAAAGUGGCCAAUCUUCACUCUGCUCUCACCUCAAGAAAUUGCAUCUAUUCGGAAAGCAUGUGUCUUUGGCACCUCAGCCAGCGAAGCACUCUACGUUACUGACAAUGAUGAGGUCUUUGUAUUUGGACUGAACUAUAGUAACUGUCUAGGAACUGGAGAUAACCAGAGUACACUUAUACCCAAAAAGCUAGAAGCCUUGUGUGGAAAGAAGAUUAAAAGCCUUAGUUAUGGCAGUGGACCACAUGUUCUUCUCAGCACUGAAGAUGGAGUUGUUUAUGCCUGGGGCCACAAUGGAUAUAGCCAGCUUGGGAAUGGGACGACCAACCAAGGCAUUGCUCCCGUCCAAGUCUGCACCAAUCUCUUGAUCAAGCAAGUGGUUGAAGUAGCUUGUGGCUCACAUCAUUCAAUGGCUUUGGCAGCUGAUGGAGAGGUAUUUGCCUGGGGCUAUAACAACUGUGGCCAGGUGGGAUCAGGAUCUACAGCAAAUCAACCAACUCCUCGAAAAGUCACAAACUGUUUACACAUUAAGAGGGUGGUUGGCAUUGCCUGUGGUCAGACCUCGUCCAUGGCUGUUCUGGACAAUGGUGAGGUGUAUGGAUGGGGUUACAAUGGCAAUGGUCAGCUGGGCUUGGGAAACAAUGGCAAUCAGCUGACCCCUGUGAGAGUGGCAGCUUUGCACAGCGUGUGUGUGAACCAGAUUGUCUGCGGCUAUGCACAUACUCUAGCACUAACAGACGAGGGCUUGCUCUAUGCCUGGGGAGCUAACACGUAUGGGCAGCUGGGAACUGGCAAUAAAAAUAACCUGCUAAGCCCAGCACACAUCAUGGUGGAGAAAGAAAGGGUAGUAGAGAUCGCAGCCUGCCACUCUGCCCACACAUCUGCUGCCAAGACCCAGGGAGGACACGUGUACAUGUGGGGCCAGUGCCGGGGCCAGUCGGUGAUCCUGCCGCACCUCACCCACUUCUCCUGCACUGACGACGUGUUUGCCUGCUUUGCCACGCCCGCCGUCUCGUGGCGCCUCCUCUCUCUAGAGCACGAAGACUUUUUAACAGUUGCAGAGUCACUGAAGAAAGAAUUUGAUAGUCCAGAAACUGCUGAUUUGAAGUUUCGAAUUGAUGGGAAAUAUAUCCAUGUUCAUAAAGCUGUUUUGAAAAUCAGGUGUGAGCACUUUCGAUCCAUGUUCCAGUCUUACUGGAAUGAGGACAUGAAGGAGGUGAUAGAAAUAGACCAGUUUUCUUACCCAGUGUAUCGUGCCUUUCUCCAGUACCUCUACACAGAUGCAGUCGAUCUGCCGCCUGAAGAUGCUAUAGGUCUUUUGGAUUUGGCGACAUCUUACUGUGAAAACAGACUGAAAAAACUUUGUCAGCACAUUAUCAAGCGAGGAAUCACUGUGGAGAAUGCCUUUUCAUUGUUCUCUGCUGCAGUCAGAUAUGAUGCAGAGGAUUUAGAAGAAUUCUGCUUUAAGUUUUGCAUCAAUCAUUUGACAGAAGUUACACAGACUGCAGCAUUUUGGCAAAUGGAUGGCCCUCUGCUAAAGGAAUUCAUUGCUAAAGCCAGUAAAUGUGGAGCCUUUAAGAACUGAAGCCCAAGGCUGCUGGGUUUUGUGUGAGUGCUCGGGGCCGGGUAUUGGGUGAUGGUGUGUCGUUGGUGCUCUACGGGUGAUGCAGUUCUGCAGGUAAACAACCCAUCAGGUGGUUUUUUCCCACAUCUGAGACACCGUUCUCUGUGUAGGAAUAUAUGUAUGAAGGAUCUACGGCUUUUCCUGAACCCAUUUUAAACAAUUCUUGUUUCCAGAUAUGUCUAUUUUAAUUGUGACCUUAGGUUGGCUGGAACAUUGUACAAGGGUGAGAGUUUAGCUGGUUGUUUUUUUGUUUUUGUAUUUGGGUUGAGGAACUGGUGAACUUGGGAAGAGGAAGUCAGUGGCAACUCUCCAGGCUCACAUAUCAGCAACCUUUUUGACACAAGGAGUUGGGAUGGUUUGUGAGUUGUGAGACGAACAUGGAGGCCCCAGCAUGAAUUGAAGAUGCUGACUUUGGGGCCUGUUGAAGUGCUGCUUUAGCUGCUGCUUUGAUAGCCUUACUGUGAAGGAAUAGGUAAGAUCGUGAGGCUUUUGUUUGUGUUUGCACUAUUGAUGACUUUUUUUAAUUUCACGGUGUAUCAAAAUAAUAUUCAGUUUAAUGAGUUAAACCUAUUGAAAUGAUAAUUAUGUAAAGAUAAAUUUCUAGGUUAGCCAAGAUUUCUCUUAAGACUUAAGCACAUAAAGAGUGGUAAUUUAG